CAAAAUCUUUGUACUAUCAUGGCUAGGAAAAGGGUCUCAUCGGAGAUUGUAUAUUGUAUUAUUUUAGUUGUUCCUCAGCUGUUGGUUACCAAAGAUCAAGACAGUUUGUUUCACUUGCACGAGGAUGUAUGCGUCAUGGAAUCAUCGUUCACGAAAUCGGUUUGUAAAAAUGUGCAUUUAUUUAGUGACUAAAUACGAUCAAUUAAGUCAAAUUAUUAUUUAUUUAAAAAAUCCUAACUGUAGCUAGUAGCUUUCGGUCGAUUCGUCAUAACUGACCAAAUGUGAAAUUGUGACAUAUUGUGACCAACACUCUGAUGUCAUACCGUUGGUUGGAAAGCAUAUAAAUUGACACUUGACGUAAUGAUGUGGACAUCAGUAGUGAAUAUGUGAGUACUAAAUUAAUGUGGAAACGUGUACGAUCGCAAAACAUUUUCAAAAGUAGUUCGGACACCAUUGGUUUUAGGAUAUCAGUGUUAGUAAUUACAAACAAUAAUACCACCCCUCCCCUUUGUUUUUCCAAUCCAUGCACUAUUGUACGCGAAAACAAAAUGCUAACUACAAUUCAACAUUGAAUAUGGGGCGAGGGGUAGCGUUUGAGAAAAUGAUGAGUAUUUCGAGCAUCUGUCCCAACGCAUUUGAAAAUGAUUGUACCUUCCUCCAACAUUCCUCGUCAACGUUUUUUUGAAAAUUAGUAAGAAAACAAUCAAGCUGAUUUGAUGGUAAAGCUACAAAGGCAUGCAGUCACGUGGAAAAAAAAUGACCGUUCAAAUAAACACAACAACCAAAGGACAAAGCGACAUGUAAAAAUCCGUGCAAGCUAUGAGAAAAGCAGAAUCUUUAUUUCUAUCAUAACCUACUAUUUCUCUGUGAAGAAAGAAUGGUAUUUUUAUCUAUCGCAGAUUUGCGUGAUCAUUAAUUACAAUCAAGAGUUCUUCAUCUUCACCAAAGUUGAUGCUCACCCCCCCCCCUGGCUUGCCCUGUGAUCUUACGACGCAUAAUUGCUUUACUUAUUAACGAUGCUAAGCAACUGCGUGAUUACUUCCCCAAACUUACUGUUCUUUUUCUCUCAAUAUUUUCUUUCAAAUUUUUUAGGCCACGCUUUGGGAUUCUGGCACGAACAAUCUCGCUCGGAUCGUGAUUAUUAUAUAUCAAUACAUUGGCAAAAUAUCCAACGCAGUAAGGUUUUAUAAUAUACUAUCACAGACAAUUAAAUGAAUGAUCUGGAAACGCAGGCAAAAGCGCUAAUGUUGCUGACGCCACAUCCUUGAUUCUGCCUGAUACGCUUUAGUUUGCAUGGAACCCUAUAACUUCACUUUAAAUAUAUUUCAGGACUUUGUAUUAAUACAUAUUUGCUGAGUACGGCAAUGUCAAGUAUCAAUUUUCCGUGCGUAACAAAAAUAUACAAAAUUUGCAAAUUUGCAUGGUUAUUUCUAGAACCACUGCAUGAGUAUUUUAAUAAAAUACAAAACAAGUGAAACUCCAAAAAUCGAUAACAUUUUUAUUUAUCUACGUUUCGACUAUAUUUCAGUCAUCAUCAGGAUAAUGUUUUCUGUGUUUAUCCUGAUGAUGACUGAAAUAUAGUCGAAACGUAGAUAAAUAAAAAUGUUAUCGAUUUUUGGAAUUUUACUUGUUUUGUAUUUUGACAUGGUUAUAUUUUUUACAUUUUACAACCAAACUUUUUUAUUUGACUAGCUUUAGGAAUUGGGAUGCUCUUCAAUGCUGUUGUAAUAAAUUUUGGUUUUUGCCUUGCAAAUUUGUCAUGUUUUUGUCCAUUACGCAAUCGGUUCAACCACUUCACUGUUUUGGUUCAAUUUUGGUUUUCUGCACGUCUCAGAAAAUAAAACUUCUGGAAGACAUUUCUAUGGACAUUUAAAAUAUGUCCAAGUGUGUAAAACAGCUGUUGGUAAGUUUGCCUUGGAUUUUGGGUUAGCUCAGGAUUAGGCUUACCAUGCAGCUUUCGAGCAGCUGGCUCCUGUUCUGUGGCGCACAUUAGCUAACAGAAAUAUAUCGCCUACCAAUUACAAUGCAGAUGAGAAAAGACAGUUGUGAAAGAAGCAAUAAUAUGUAAUUUGAAAUGUUAUUUUAUUCUUGAACUCGAUCAUGUAUUUUUCCUAAUAAAUGAUGAUGCAUUAUAAUUUUUUAAUGUUCUUCGUAUUGUGAUGUAUUUUCAUUUUUACGUACCGACACAGACAAACAUGUCUUCAAAUUUGUUUACCUUUUAGAUAUGCAAUAUAAUUUCAACAAAAUGAGCGGUCGAACGGACGACACAUCGCAUGGGUAUGAUUACGGAAGUAUAAUGCACUAUGGGCCUAAGGCAUUCUCAGUUAAUGGAAGGAAUACAAUAACUGCAAAAAAUGGUCAAGCUAUUGGACAAAGACAAGGAUUGAGUGCCGGUGAUGUUCAACAAGCGAAGACAAUGUAUACUGCAUGUCGAGGUAUAUCAACUGGAUGAGGAGGAGGAGACACAGGUAUUGUAAGAUGUAUAUAGUUACAGGGUGCAUGCAUGUAUCCGAAAAAAAAUAAACAAAUAUAUUUAAAAUUAUAAUAGUUCUGUUUGUGGAAACACCACGUAAAUUUAUUACUGCAAGGCUAUAAGUCAUAAGUUAUAGUCAUAAGUUCUCUCGCAAAAUGAGAGAGUCAAUUGAAAUCGAGAAGCACAAUACUAGAUCAUGCAGGAGGGAAAGCCACUAGAUAGUACGUGGCGUGCUCUCUUUAAGGUGGCUCGAUACAGUUUUCAAAAAUUCAGGUGUUUAACACUUUGACAAUUUCAAACUACGCAUUUUUAGGAUUUAUUCAGCAGAUAUUGGGUUUUUUAUUUGUUUUGAUAACUCUACUUUCAAAUUAUAUUCGUUUUAGUAACAGAUAGUUCGUUGCUAUGACGACAUACGUGUACGAAAUUCACUCCAAAAUGGCCUAUCUUCUCGUAUAGUUGGAAAAAUAGCAUGGUGACCCCCAAUUUUUUUUCGUGCAUUAUUUUACUUGGACGAAAAGCUAACAAUUAGCAUGCCAUUUUUUUGGAAAAUGCGAAAAUGUCAUAUUCUUCGGUAACAUUUUUUUGGCAUUACAGAAUUGUUUUAUUUUUUGUAUAAUGAAAGUUUUUAGCGGUGCAAUACAGCAUGCAAAACUUGAACAUAGGUCACCAGACAAAAUAAGGAGAUAUAUCGCAUUGCUUUUCUAAAAUGGAAAAUUCUAAUGAUGUCAGCAAUUGACAUAAAACGCAAAAAGUUGAUCUCGCGAUAUUUUGCACUGAAUGGAAAUCGGCCUGAAUGUUUCUAAGGCAUGCAACAUGUACGCACUGCGUACCUAUUUUUAACGUUGUUUCUACUGAAUAAGUUGUCGGUAGCUUUUUUAUUAUCAUUAUCAAACAUGAACUAAACAACAAUAAAUAAAACGAACGAAAUUUCACUUUAAUAUCAUGUUACAAUUUAAUAUACAGUUUGGACGUCGUAUAAAAGAACUUUAAUAGCACUACAGCAGAGUAGAGCCUAGACUUUAAACUGGAGAACUUAAGACCUGACUCCUAGACUUUUACAUCAAAUAAUCACACAUUUUUUUCCAACACAUUGUAAUCUUGCAGCCUUUUUCAUCAGCACAUCUUAUUGUCUAAAACACAAACAUUCGUAGAAACCAUGAGUAAAAAUAUACAAUAUCCAAAUCUAUAUUAUACGCAGUGUUAUUAUAAUUAUAGUAUACAAUAACUAUAACACUCUCGAAGUUUUGGAUCAAAUAAAUUGAGUUUGAAGUUUUUGUUUUAAAAUAUUAGAUUUUCCAAAUUUUUCGGUUAAAACUGCUGACGACAUUUUCACUGCAAAAGAUUUUUGAAAGUGCGAAAGCAAUACAUAUGAUCAGCUUUUGCUCAAUGUUCGAUAAAAGAAACAUCGACCUUCGAUCGAGUACCCCAGAUUACAAGUUAGAUAGUGGGCAAGAAUAAAUCUCAAAUUAUUUUAUUUCAACGAAUAUCGAACAUAAUACUUCUCGCCUAGCAUCCGAAGAAGAACUACGGUGUUGGCAGAAUUUUAACCUAUAAAGCGCCAAUCAUAUUCUCAAAUAACUAGUUUCGUGCUGCACAGAACUAUGUAAUAAAUAUGCUCUGAAAACAUAUUAAAAAUGCUUCAAUACCUAUGAAACUUUAGCAAUACAUCGACAGAACUAAUGCAAAUGACAGCCGGUCAAAACACUUCGCAUUGUGUACAUCAUUCAAAAUAUGUGACCGGCAAAAGUGGGAAAAACAGGGCCUGAAAAAGGGUCUUAGGGUCUGUUUCAGCCACGAUAUCUUCUAAGAAUCAACUUCGAUUUUUAUGAAAGACACAAGUUAAUACACAUAAAACAAUGAACUCUAACAUACCUUAGUUCGUAGGUGUUGGCAGUUGAUUCACACAAGAUAUCCUCAUUUGAAAUUUUAAUUAGUCUCCAUGGAAGUCAUAAAAAGGCACGGACAUUAUAGACCUUAAAUUCUUAUGUACAAGCUAUUUUACCAUUACAGAACACAGACCCAUUUUGCCAUUUAAACCAUUCUAACACCAAAAAGAUUGAGAAAAAUGGCCAGACGAACUGAACAACUCAAAAUCGCGGGUUUUUUCAAUUUCCUUCAAAAUCGUACUCGCCCCAGUUUUUUCCGCAUCACACGUCGAUCAGCGCGCGCUCUCUCGUUGCGCCGCCCUAUAUAUAAGCGCCCUGGUCAAACUAUAGGGAAAACACAGUUCGAAAUGCAAAAAGUGACAUUUUUAAGGAACAAACGCUUUCGAGCUUCAUAUCUGGACAAAAUUUGUCAACAAUAACAGUAAGUGAUCUUUUCUAUUCACAUAAGAAGUACGGUCGAGCUUUUGAAAAACUUUUAUUUGAUUUUGAAAGUUGAAAGAGCGAUCUGCCCACAGAUUGUGAUAUCCUAUAAAGCGAAAAUAACUAUUUUCCGGGAAUAUAUUUCAGUGGCAAGACUCUCUGCUUGGCAAGUUGAGUUUGUACUUAAUGGGUUGAUAUCCUGACAAUCAAAAUACACAAUUUAAAUCAGAUCAACACACGUAUCGAACUCUCAAACACUGAGACAUAUUGGUCGAGACUUGUUUUUUGCUAGUUUUUUCUCGUUGAAAAAAGUGAAUUAUGUUCUUACCUAAACAUUAUACAAUACGAAAUAUACUGGAAUGUCAAUUCUGAACAACUUCUGAGCUUUUCUGCCGCAAAAACGACACAAUUGGAGUAUAGAACAUCGUGUAGAACAACUUUUUUGUAUCUCUUUUUGACUUGUCAACACAAGUUUCGAACUUCACUCCUUCGAGUAUAAUUUUCCCUUUUCGCAGCGUUCGAGUAGUGUUUAUAGCCCCAUUUGUUGUUAAAAAUGUCCAGUCUAACCCAUUUUCUUGAAAUUAAAACGAAACAGCAAAUCACCUGGAUAGUUUCGUUAAAAUCGCUGUUUUUAUGUCAAAAAUUCGGAUUUCCCCAUCUAUUUCCUUAUAAAAAAAUUUCACCGUACUGGCUGGGAAGUUACGCAUGCGCAAUAUGGCCAAUCGUGCGUGUGACUUGUUUUGGCUUGAGUGAACUCUCUGCAUAUACUUCCUCUGUGGUGUAAAUUAAACAAGUCACAUAUUAUUAGCACUGACGAAGAUCCGGGCUUACCGAUCGAAAGCUUUGCAGUAAUAAAUUUACGUGGUGUUUCCACAAACAAAACUAUUAUAUGUUUUAUCGCCAUGCACACAUACAAAGAAAUUUAAAAUUGCUCUGAACUUCGCGAAGCGACUCUUUUUAUUAAUAUAGUGGGUACAAUUUUAAAAUUCUUUUUUACUUUCAAAACACUAAUAAAGUAUCAAUUUCCUUUGAAUUUUCUUCAUUUUCUUCUUCAUUUAUUGAUGUGUUUAGAAAUUGUGACUUGUUACGCAUUGUUACAUUGCUGUACAGAUUUUUGAAAUGCUGUUUGUGAUAAAUUGCACUGCCGGAACCUAAACUAAUCACAUUAGAGUAUCAUUUCAAUGACUGUAUAUUCACGUAUAUACCAAUAAUUUUUCGAGAAAGUUUUUCAUAGAACAUUAUUUUCAAAAAAGAUCUCAAGCAAUCAUUAUUUCUAUACUUUUAAAUAUAUGCUAGAUACUUUCUUACUUCCUGACUCGUAUAUAUUAUAAACUAAAAAACCCCGUAUAUAUUAUAAACUUUAGGCUACAUUUACACGCUGCAGUUUUUCCACUUCGCGAUUCGUAAUCAGGUGUAUGUGUUUGAUUAAUCACACGUAGAGUGGCUGCCUUUCAAAUUUUGUCAUAAACGACAAAAUGAGAGAAAUUGUGACAUCAGCAGUAAUUUUCACACGCCAGAAUACGAAUCCAUUACCAGAAAAUUCAGACAUGGUUGCCCUCACUUUUUGAAGGCGAGAAAUUCUAACUUUUUUACGUCUCUGCUAUUCAAAUUAUAAUAACUAUCACGGCAACAUAUUGACAUGUACAGUUAAUUUAUUCACAAAGUGAGGGCAACCAUAUCUGAAAUUUCUGGUAAUGCGGUAAAGGACAAUAUUCGUACCAUGUGAAAGCACACUAAGCUGCGCAGGCCGUUGUGCAUGGCGUUGUACAUUAUUACAGUGUAUUAUAAGCAGCAAAAGUUACAUUAAUUUCCGACGAAGGACCUUUGCUCGAAACGUCAAAUCUUUCUGUAUCGUUUAGGUAGUGAGUAGAACUCUUGCUGCUUGUUAAUGUUGUUAUCCGCUACCUACACUGGCAAAAUAUUGAAGUUUGUCGUACAUAUAUAAUUUGUGUAGACACAACAGCGCUUUAGUCCAUCUUCAGAUUAUAGCAUCUGCAUCAAUAGUCAGAAUAGUUUGUCUACAAAGUUGAGACCAGAAUAAGGAACAAAAUAAAAUAACGAGCGAGGAACGUUGCCGUUGGCAAGCUAAAUCUGUAUAUCAAUUUCGUUUUAAACAAAUAUAUAGUAAUGAUUGAACGUGUCCCAAAGGUUUUUUCGUUUUUCUCGUUUCCAUUCCAGCAUGUUUAUCCGAUAAGGAUGAAAACUGUAGAGCCUGGGCCUCAGAAGGGUAUUGUCGUCAUUCUAAUGUACACUAUAUGAUGCAAAAUUGUAAGAAGUCUUGUUGUUCUGGUAAUGUCACGGAUGGCAACCAACGAUGCCAAGAAUGGGCAAAUCGUCGUGAACCGUAAAAACAAAGACAUGAAAAUUUGUUUUUAGCACAAGCAUGCAGUUAUGAAGCCAUGACUAUAAGCGAGAUGAAAUUGCAUUAACCUGGCAACAAUUCAGAUAAUUUGUUACCUUAACUUAUUUUGUAAUUAAUGGCAGGCACGGCAAGGCAAAAUUUGAUGUACAGAAAAAGUUAGCCGACUUAGGCACGGCAUGUUUAUUCUAAAUAUUGUGGGACAUUUAACUUAUCUAUCGAAUUCAAAUGCGAGGAAAUACUUUUGAAAAGUGCGCAUUUAGUUAUCUAUGCUUUGUCCAGAUUUACACCUAUAUACGCACGGCACUAGACACAUUUUGCCCGUAUAAAGUGUAUCUUGCAUGACCAUGCAAAUUAAAGCAAAACAUUUAGCGAACUCAGUCUACGUUGCAAACUUCGAGAACAUUAGUUUCACAAGUGUCUAGUUAUUUGUUUAUCAAGUCAAAAUCUCGAAGGUUUUGAACGUUUAACGAUUUGCACAAGAUCGAAACUGGGUCACGCAGUUCCUGGUCCACUAUAGUACGAUCGUACUUGUUUACUUAUCCACCGUUUAAGCUAAACGCCUUUGAUACAACCGGCCCCUGAUAUUUAGCGUCUAUUUUCUGAUAAUUUACAUGAAAGUAGCUAGUGCAAAUUAACAAAAACAUAAGCAGAGCCUGAAAAGAAUCCUGCAUGAAUAUUCAACAUGACGGCAGACAUUAACAGUGUAUAAAUUCUUAUCUGAUGCUGCGUUUUUCUAAACUCUGAAUUGAAAAAUUCUAUGGCAAAUUUAACAGCUUAAAUACAAGGAGGGUAUAAACAAUGCUUGAGUGGAGUAGGUGACAGUGCAGGUGUUAUCCAAGCAUGCGAUUUUUUCAAUAUGAAAUUAGUGAGAAAAAAAAGCUCAACACCUGCUUGAAUUACAUUAUUUCAACUAUGCCUGAAUUGUGCUAAAUUUAAAGUUAUAUUCUUUCCACCUUUAUAGGACCUGCUAAAUGAAGGCUCCAAGAAUCGAAAAACUGUAUUCUAACUUUUAAACUUCUUAAUAAGAAAUAAAAGGAGAGCUUAAAAUCAACUUGUGUCGUUUCUUAUAGUUGAUACAUUCUUUCAGCGGCCGC